AUGCAACCAAAAUCCGGUGGAUACUCACUGAGCAAAGCGGAUUUUACGAAAGCUUUUGAGGAUGUUCCUAAAGUUCCCAUCACAUCUGCCAUCGACCUUCGAAACAAAUUCGAUGCCGUCAAAACAAUUCUUUCGAAUAGUUCAGAAGACUGGAAUAAACGACAAACUCAGCUGAAAACCAUCAGAAGUUUGAUAAUAAAUGGAGAGAAACUAGUCGAUCGACCCACAAUGAUUGCUCAUCUUAUUCAAUUUUUGGGUUGUUUCGAAGUCGCCGUGAAAGAUUUGAGAUCUCAAAUUUUACGAGAAGCAGCUAUUACUUGUAGUUUCAUUUUGAGUAAAUAUGGAAUUGAAACUCAUUCGAUCGGAGAGGAUAUUUUGAUUCCAACUAUGGCUCAAGUGGCAGUCAGUACUAAAAUUAUGGCAACUUCCGCGAGUACAUUGGCUGAAUUUAUAGUAGAAUACGUUCAAACUCGCCAAGUUUUUACAAUUCUCUCCUCGUUUUCCACUUCAAAGGAUAAGAAUCAGAGAAGGCAGUUGGCUGUUUUGCUAGAAAUUAUUAUUGAGAAAUGGAGUGAUCGAAUGAAAAAGCAAAUCAUCCGACAAAUCUGUGAACUCGUAAAAUCAGCCAUCAAUGACGCAGACUCCGAAACGAGAGCUGCUGGAAGAAGGGCAUUCGCAAAAUUAGAAGAGUUUCAUCUCGAAGAAGCAGAUGCUUUAUAUUUAGAACUAGAACAUUCGAAACAAAAAAUGUUGAGAGGUGGGGAUGCUGCGUCGUCAUGGGCAAGUAUCAAUAGUGAUAGAGGGUCUAUUCCGAUUCGAUCGAAACUGUCGGCUGGAUCGAAAGCUCAUUCUAAUAUCAGUGCUAAAUUUCUUGCUCAGAGGAGUGCAUCUGCAAUUGAUCCGAAAACCCUAAAAAUGACUGGAGCAUCUAGUCGAUUAGUGAGACCGACUUCUAUUAAAGCUAUGGUUAGGCAAGACACGUCCCCGUCUGGAACCAAGAUCCCUUACCCAAAUCGACCUGGUUCCCGAACGAGAACAUCUUCCAUCAACUCAAAUGACUCUCGUGACACCUCACCCACUCGAAGACACUCUCCACUUCCACAAGAUCCUCAGAUUAAAGCACGGACCAAAUAUGGAAAUGGAAGUUCAUUUUUUGCGAAACUUGGAAUGCCGACCGACAAUACAGAUGACGAUGAGUUUCUUCUACCGAUUCGAGUGCGAUCCCCCGCAAAAACUCAGUUGGGAGAGAAUACGGAUAACGUUUCCCGAGUUUUGAAAGAGUGUUGCUCAUCGUCUGUGACCGAGAAGAAGGAGGGAAUCAAGAAGUUGUUGCCCAUCGUUUCUGAUUCAACACUUAACUCAACCGAGAUUAAAAACAUUGGGAACUGUUUGAACCGAUUGUUAUCAGAUGCAUCCAAUACAAUGGUCCUCGAAGUCUAUGCCGUAUUCAUCCGAACCCAUAGUAGUCGACUCUCCGAAUGGCUUCGGCUGGCUCUGGCUAAACUAUUUGCACGAAAAGCGGCUGAAUCACUUCCAAACACCAAAAAACAAAUAGGAAAUACACUGAAUGUCAUUUUGGAAUGUUUCAAUGCUCAUCAUCAACUGGUUACUGUAUGCGAAUUGAUGUGUGAUCCGAUUCAUUUGAUGGUUCCCAAGGCGAGAGUUGCACUUUUGGAGUACAUGACGAGUCUUCUGGAUGAGUAUACUGAGCCUGGAGCAUCUAUUAAUGUAAAAGAAUUGAACACUGCAAUCCGAAAAAUGUUCACUUGGAUCGGAGAUCAACGUCAGUCAAUUCUUUUGACUCCAUACAUCGAGAAGGCUAUCUGCUCGAUGUUUUGUGUGAAUGUUGCUGACUUCUCUGCACUUAUCUCAGAUUUCGAUGCAGACCAGAAGGCGUGGAUCCAUCAAACUCUUCAACGAAAUGGACUCGAAAAUGGAAUAAGCAGCGGAAGUGGGAACAACCAAAACCAGCAGUCAACUCCCCGAGUUGCUGACAACAUUCAAUACAAGAACGAAUCGUCCGUUGUUUUGCCAGAAUUCGGAGGAAUUCAGAAGAAGAAGCCUGGAGUUACUCUUGGCUCAUUCAAUACUUCUGCGAAUUCUGCACUCACUCGAUUAGAAGAACAAUCGAAGUCGAGGCUGAUGGAGAAAGUUAACCUGAACUCAACAGUCACUCUGCCACCUGACACCCUUGAAAAGAUCCAAAAUGUCCAAGAACUCCUUCACAAAAUGCGAGAUGCGGAGAAUCCAGAUGAGCAAGAGAGUGCGAUCAGCGCCAUUUACAUGAAAAUUUGUGAUGGAGGGUUCGGAAUCUGGGAACAGUGUUAUGCAAAACUUCUGCUCAAUUUGUUCGAGAUUCUUUCAACGAGUCGAUCGGAAAACAACAAGAAAAUGUGUCUUCGAAUUCUGGGAAAGAUGUGUACCGCCCAAGCAGCCAAACUAUUUGAUUCGACUGAAAUGGCAGUUUGUAAAGUGUUGGAUGCAGCUGUGAAUACUAAUGACGCAACGACUGCGUUGGCUGUUGAAGACUGUCUUCGAACUCUGGCAACUCAUCUUCCAUUGGCAAAUAUUAUUAAUAUUGCCAAAGUGAUUCUCAUUCAAGAACCAAUUGAUGACGAAAGAGCAUCUUUAGUUCUCAAAAUGGUGACAAGACUUUUCGAGGAGCUUCCAGCAGAUGAGGUGAUAAAUGUCGUUGAUGAUAUCACUCCAUGUAUCAUAAAAGCGUACCAAUCGACGUCAUCAUCAGUUCGGAAGACCGUCGUUUAUUGUCUUGUCGCCAUGGUAAAUCGAGUCGGGGAGCAGAGAAUGGCACAGCAUUUCACCAAACUCCCCAAAGCAAUGACCAAUCUGAUCCAGGUCUACGUCAAGAGAGCAAUAUCCGCUAGUUUACCGAGGCUUUGA